CUCUCUCAGCAGCCUACACUCUCUUCUUCUCUUUGCACCUCUCUUUCUCUUAUCUUUCUCUGUUCAUCUUCUCCUUACCUCCCAACAGAGGAAAACCCAAAUGAAAAUCUCUGGUUAUUUUACUGUUCAUCGAGGGAAAUUCACCAAUCCAAAGCCCGUGCCAUGCUAUUCCACAGCUUUCUUGAACUUUCCCUCUGCCUAUAUUACCCUUCAAAUAUUCCCCACUAUUACUGGAGCAUGAUAAUGAUUUCCAUGGCCGGGGAGAGCUCAAGAAAGCUGUGGGAGAACAUGUCACUCUCUGGGCUUAAUUCAUGAGCUAGCUAGCUAGCUUCCCACCAAACUGCCAUGCCCCACUUAUUAAAUUCUGCAUCAGAAGGAUCCAAUAUAU